AUCGUGGUGCCGAGCUCGGACAGGCGGAACACCACGGCCCGCUACAACAGGCUGAGCCUGGCGGAACUUCAGAACGCGACCGACGCCGGCGCCCCGGGAGUCAUCAAGUGGACAGAUUUCCUGAACUCUGUGUUCUCGGGCGCGAACGUGACCUGGAACAGCAGCAACGAGGUCGUCUGCUACGCCACGGACUUCAUGUCCGACCUGGCCGCCCUCCUCAACCGGACUUCAAAAAGAACUAUCGCGAACUACCUGCACUGGCGGCUGGUGUACUCGGUGGGGGACGAGACGAACGAAGCGAUGCGGGAUCUCUUCUUCAAUUACUCCAAGAUCGUCUCGGGGAUCAACGAGCCUCCAGCGAGGGAGGAUGUGUGUGCGAGUCUGGUGAACAGCAUGAUGGGGAUGGCCGUCGGGAGUGUCUACGUCUCCGAAUCCUUCCCAGCCACUGCAAAGGAAGAGGUGGAGCAGCUGGUGAAGGACCUGAAGGCGGCGUUCGACGGGAUCCUGGACUCGAUCGACUGGAUGGACGCGGCGACGAGGAAGAAGGCGAAGGAGAAGAACGAUGCCAUUCGGGCCUUCAUCGGAUACCCCGAUUUCAUCCUCGAUCCGAAGGAGCUCGCCGAGUAUUAUGACGGGAUCUCGGUGAGCAACACCAGUCACCUAUCGAACGCCCUCAGCCUGCUCGGCUGGUCGUGGAGGCGACAGGCGGCCGGCGUGAACGGCGCGGUGGACCGGGACGCCUGGAUCAUCCACCCGACCGUCGUGAACGCCGUCUACUAUCCCCGCAUGAACACCAUCGCCUUCCCGGCGGGGAUCCUGCAGAGUCCGUUCUACCAGCAGGGGAGGCCCGCGGCCAUGAACUACGGCGGGAUCGGGAUGGUCAUCGGGCACGAGAUCACGCACGGGUUCGAUAACUCUGGCCGCCAGUACGACGCCAAUGGGAACCUGGUCAACUGGUGGACGGAUGCGACGGCCGAUGCUUUUGUGGGAAGGGCACAGUGUUUCAUCGAUCAAUACAAUGGAUACGAUGUCCCGGAACUCUCGGAUUCACACGUGAACGGUGUCGCGACUCUGGGAGAGAACAUAGCGGACAACGGAGGGUUGAGUGAGGCCUGGCUGGCCUACCUCAAACACAUCGACCGGAACGGAACGGAACCCUCCCUCCCUGGUCUCAACCUCACGACUCAGCAACUCUUCUUCGUCACCUUCGCCUACAACUGGUGCGGUCACAGCACGGAGGAGUAUCUGCUGAACCAGAUCUUGAACGGGGUGCACAGUCCGGCCAAGUUCAGGGUCUACGGAUCCCUGAGCAACAACGUCGCCUUCGCCAAAACCUUCGGUUGCAAGGCCGACGACUUCAUGUUCAACGGGGUCGACAGCUGCGUCAUCUGGCAAGGGGUCGGAUGUGAAGAAAGAGAAGCCCGCCGGUUCGCUCUCGUCUUCCAUGCAAUGGAGCUACUAUCAUCUUUUGCUCGGAUUGAUGCUGCUCUGGGGCGUUGA